AGUUAUCUUGAGCAUGAAGGGGAGGUAUCAGCCUAUGGGUUGUGUUGCUUUACUUUAGCCACAUGUAUGCUAAUGUAUAGCUGCUCACUAGCUCUUUAAAGCAACAUUCUUGUUAGCAUUUCAAGGGGAUAUACAUCAUAACAUAACAUUUGAAUAGCUAGCAUUAGCAGUUAUUUUGGUCCUUUCACACACGGGAUACUCUUCACUGGUGUGGAUAUUACGCUUAUCCACAAUUCAUUAGACUACUGCAGGAUACAAGUUGUUAUCAUUAAAAGAUCCCAAUGGAUAAAAACAUACGAAAGCUUCGGAAUCAGGACAAUAACCCAUGCAUAGACGAAAGUGAUGCGUCCCAGCAGUGUUUGAAUGUCAACAGCUAUGACAAGAGCAUGUGUACAAACUAUUUCCUGAGAUAUAAGAGCUGUAGGAAAUACUGGCAAAACAUAAUGGUGCAGCGGAGAAGAGAAGGAGUGAAACCGGACAUGCCGACGGCUGCAGAGAGGCAGGAGAUGAUCGCUGCUAUCGGAGGGAAACCUUACUGAUUUCAGCAGAAACUCCCAGACACUGUGAAGGCCAGCGGGGCCCGGACAUUUACUACAAGCUGUGCUGCUGCACUGGCUGGGUUCACACUGACCCAAAGCCUGACCCAUCCUAAGCUCAGGGCGUGUGGAAGUGCCCGGUUACUGGUCUGUUGUGGAAUAAAAGGGAAAAGGAGAGAUUUCACAGAAAGAUAUCAGAUGUAUUAUUUAUUGAGGAAUAAAAACAAUGGGACAUGAACUGAAACAUCAUUCAAUUAGCUUUAUAAGCUGUUAUGUCCCAUGUAAUGGUAUUACAGAAGUUGCACUGUAGUCACAACUGUUGAGAUGAAUAUUUAAUCUUAUCUUGCCUAUGAGAACUGUAUAUUCUACAGUUCUCAUAUGUAAAAGUAGGUCUACUUUUUUUUACAAUUUGCCAGUGUCAAGGACUACUUCGUCUUUGAAAUCUAAAGCAUUGUGGGUACUAGCUCAGCUGUGGAUUCUACCUGGCCAACAUGUUGAAGUCUGCAGCAUGUGUGAUGGACAUCUACCAUGUGUCUUUCCUAAAUAAAAAAGGAGUAUUGUAGCAUUGUCAACUCCGAGUCCCUCCCGGAUGACUGAACUUUUCACCUUAUCCCUAAGGGAGAUGCCAGCCACCCUGCGGAGAAAACCCAUCUCGGCCGAUCGUGGAUACAAGCGGCCCGAGUCAAUCUCCUUUCGCAUGUCAUACUAGUUAUUUUUUUGCAUAAAAAUCAUGCAUGUAUUCUGUCCUGUAUCAUUCCCUGCUAUUCUUUGCCUUUUCCUGUUCUCCCAAAAAACUAAGAUAGUCGGUCAUGAAAAACAACAAUUAGCUUUCUGGUUGAUACUGUAAUUUCUUACAGAGCAAUUCUUAUUUUUUUGUUGCUGUCGAAUGACGUAGGCUGACACGUGUUUUUAAGUAGUUCUGAAAAGGUGAAAUAAAUACUUUACAUUAAGUUAUUUUUGUGUUGUGUAAAUAAUGAUGUAAUGCUUUGGAAAGGCAAAGAAUAAUAUAAAUAUAUGUACAUUUCA